AUGGAGAUGGAGGCGGCGGCUCCUCUUUCCAAGAAGAGAAAAUCGGAGUUGCCCGGAAGCAACCAACCGGAGGAAAUCUUAAGCCAUGAGCCGACGGCGGCGGCCAUGGAGGCGCCCGAAUCCGACAUCCGAGAACCACCGCUUGGAGCUGGAGGAGCAGAAGACGGCGUCGACCACAUCAGCGGACUGCCCGACGCCGUCCUCGGCGACUUCAUCUCCCUUCUCCCCACCACGGAGGGCGCCCGCACCCAAACCCUCGCCUCCCGGUGGCGCCACCUCUGGCGCUCCGCUCCUCUCAAUCUCGACUACUACGACCUCCCCGCCGAAGGUGACAACGUUCUAAUACGCCUCAUUUCCCAGAUCCUCUCCGCCCACGCUGGCUCCGGCCGCCGCUUGUGCGUCUCCGCGCACCACCUGUACCACCACGCUGCCACCGUGGAUGCCUGGCUCCGGUCUGCUGGCCUCAGCAACCUCCAGGAGCUCGAGUUCUGCUGCGCGGGCGAUCCACUGGUACUGCCGGCGGUGACGGCGCCCACCUUCCGUUUCUCGUCCAGCCUCCGUCUGGCCACAUUCAGCCAAUGCCGCUUCCCCGACAGCAUCGUCCAGACGCUUCAUUUCCCCCAGCUCAAGCAGCUCGCACUUGAAGAGGUCAGCAUCUCGGAAGGUUCUCUGCAGAGCGUCAUCGCUGGUUGCCCCGUCCUGGAAUCCAUGCUUCUUAACCACUGCAUUGGCUUCGGCUGCAUUCGGAUCUGCUCCCCAAACCUUAGAACCAUUGGCGUACGUGCUGGAAAUGCUGGAUACCGAGAUAAAUUGGUGAAAAUCUCUAUUGAGGAUGCCCCUUGUCUUGAAAGGUUGCUCCAACUCAACAAAACUACGGGCUUGGACAUAUCGAUAAUAUCAGCGCCCAACCUGGAGACCAUGGGCUGCCAUCGUUACGAUGACUCUUACGGCUUCAGCUUUAAGGGAUUUCCUACUCUGUUCCCAAUGGUGGUAGACACUGUCAAGACUUUAUCUAUCUCUGUUCUUCCUCUCUGUGUGGAUAUGGUUCUUGAUCUCAUGUGUUGCUUUCCCUGCUUGGAGAAGUUGUAUAUCGAGAUAUGUUUGUCGUCGGGGAAAAAGAGUUUUUGGCGUCGUAAACACCAGAGUCACAUCAGAUGCCUUGACAUCCGUCUCAAGAAAGUAGUGUUGGCAAAUUAUCGAGGCAUCAUGUCAGAAGUUAACUUUGCCAUGCUCUUUGUCCUGAAUGCUAAAAUGCUAGAGUUAUUACGAUUUGAGGUUCAAGGCCGGUGCUGUGAAAAGUUCAUUGAAAGGCAGCAUAGGUUGCUUAAGCUUGGGAACAGGGCUUCCAGAGGUGCUCAGUUUGUUUUCACAAAGGAUAGAUGUCGCCGCAAACUUGAGGACAUCAAGCAUGUGCGGGAUUUGUCUGUAGCUGAUCCCUUUGAAUGCUGA